UAACUUUCAAGUCACGUUGAACACAUACAUGCCGCAUCACAAGGCGAAAACCAUGGGCAGCUACCUUGUCUCGGCUCUACUGGCGCUCGGCGUCCUCUUAGCGUCUUUCGACCGUAGCGACGCGCAAGUAGUGGCGCCAGCGACCGUCAGCUUUACGGCGUGCCAGGAGCGCAAGCUUUGCGGCACCAAGGCAAACUGCGUCGCAGUCAACCGGAAGGACCCUUCCAAAGGUUUCACCUGCAAGGCGGACCCCUGCGCGCUGCCCAACACCUGCAAGUCGCCCAACUGCUGCCAGACCACAUACAACGCCGCGGGCGCCUACGUCGGCUACUCUUGCGUCAACCGCUGUGAGACCGUCCGAUGCGCGAAUGGCUACUGUAUCAAUGGCAUGGACGGGAAGGGCCGAUGCACGGGCGCCCGAUGUGUGGACCCAUGCGCCAACCAACCGUGCCCCACGGGCCAGAACUGCCGCCCCGUGUUCGACAACGCCGGUGCCCUGGUUCCUGACAAGUUCCAGUGCGUGGACCCGUGCAAGGACCCCGCCACCUGCAAGGAGGGCUACUGCUGCAAGACCCGCAUGACGGACUCCGGCACCUUCGUGCCCGUGUGCGUGCCCACCUGCACCGAGAACUCCUGCCCCGCCGGAAAGAAUUGCGUGGCGAUUACCUCCCCCACCAGUGGCGCUUGCCGGUCCACCUGCGUGGACCCCUGCGUCAAACCCGGCAUUGACUGCAAGGACUCCGAGUGCUGCCGGCCCAAGCGCGUCAUCCCCACCAUCGGCCCGGCCAUGUGGGUGCCCACCUGCGAGAACCCCUGCGCCACGGUCAAGUGCGCCAACGGGGCCUUCUGCAGGGUGGUGACCGACGAGGACACCGGGCGCUGCGGAGCGCAGUGCGUUAACCCCUGCAAGCCCAACCCCUGUGGCUCCUACGAGAACUGCGAGAUCACGAUGCUGGCCGGUACCAUGACCCCAGUCAUUGACCCAGCCACCGGCCUGCCCGCCUUCUCCUGCGUGAACCCGUGCCAGAAGGCUGGCUUUACGUGCCGCCGCGGCAUGUGCUGCCGCCCGCGCUUCAACACAUCCACCGAAACCUUUGAGCCGCGCUGCGUGAAUCCCUGCUUCCUGAACAGCUGCAAGAAGCCCACGCCCUUCUGCAAGCCGGUCGUUGAUCCCGACACCGGCAUGUGCGCCGGCAGCCGCUGCUUUGGCUGGCCCUGCGACUACGCGCGCUGCGGCGGAUCGGACGUCCGCUGCAUAGACCUGCGCCCCGACAACUGGUUUGAGACCGGAGGCGACCAGCCCGUCUUCAACAUCUCCCUCGGCAUCGGACUCAUCGGCAGCCUGCCCAGCGGCGGCAACCACCGCCGCAGCCUGCUUCGCAGCGACCAGGCUGGCACCGGCUCAGCAUCUGUCAGCAGUGGUGCCGGACAGGAGCAGGAGCACGCCGCAGCGACUGAGGCUGUGCCUCAGCACCUGCACCACCCCCAACACCACCGCCACAUCGGCGUCGGACAGGGCCGCCGCGGGCUGCUGCAGGAUGAGCAGCCGCCUACAGACGGCGCCGCUGGCACUGGUGACGCAGUGGAGCCGAGGGCGGCCAGCAUCAUCGACCCCGGCUUCAUCCUGGGCCAGCUCAUCAGCGUUCCAUUGCCGUCUGAGGACGACGCACCCACCAUCGACCCCGCCUCGGAGCUCUUCAGCUGCGGCGUGUGCCCGCCCGGCUACGUGGCGCUGCCGCUCACGGCCUCCCUGCUGCAGACCGCCGCCAGCCUGUCCACCGCCGCCGCCAUCUCCAUCGACCCUGUGGCUGUCGCCGCCAGGGCCCUGGGCCUGCCCGCCGGCACCGUGCCCACCGUGCGCUGCAUCCCCGGUGUGGACGCGUGCCGGCGUGAGAAGCUGUGCGGUGACGACAGCGACAAGGUGUGUGCGGCGCCGCCUGACCUCUCCGAGCUCCAGAAGCUGGCAGACCUGGGCGACACAGCCAUCGGCGCCGUCGAGGCGCUGCAGCUGCGCGCCGGCUACAUCUGCAACCGCAACCCGUGCCUGUCCAUCCGCUGCAAGCAGCCGCUGUGCUGCCGCGCCUUCACCAACCGCUGGGGCCUCUACACUGGCUUCACCUGCACCGACCCCUGCCGCGGCGCUGGCUGCCGCGCGCCGGACUUCUGCCGCUCGCAGGUCGACGACCAGGGCCAGUGCACCGGCCACUGCUGCGGGAACCCCUGCAACGCCAAGCCGUGCCCGGCCCGCAGCAUCUGCCGCCCCAAGUUUGAUGGCUUCGGCCAGAUCACUGAGGACUACGACUGCGUGCCCUCCAUUCCCGUGAACCCCUGCACCAACCCCAGCACCGCCAUCUCCUGCCCCAACAACGGCUGCUGCGUGCCUAGCCAGCUGUACCCGACGGGCGCACUGGUGGCCACAUGUGCCUUCCCCUGCUCCAGCUCCUCGGGCGCCACCUGCCCCGACCCCAGCUCCGUGUGCCGACCCAACAUGGACCGCCAG